AUGUUUUUGAUGCAGCGAGCGAGGGCCAAGUCAGCUCAUGGAAUUCAGAAGCUUUCGGCUUUGGCAUCGGUUCCAGGCCAAGCUUGCAGCAUGAGGAAGGAUCGCACAUUCUUUGCGGAGCCCGGCCUCGAACCGGAUGGACAAGAAGGGCUCAUGACCAUGAGCCAGCCCGUUUUCAACUGCGGGGAGCCACUAGCCGCUGACGUGCACAAGAAAAUCCUACUGCAUGGCAACUCUUCGGAGAAUGCGGAUGCCAUCGCGGCAUCUGGCGAUGCCUAUAGUGCGUCUGAAACAUGGGAGGUAGCUCAUAGGCCUCCAAAUUGCAUGGGGCCAGCAGGCACUCAUGGCUCUGUUGUUGUGAAUCCUUUUUCGAGUUGUUGA